GCAAAGACGGAAUGAUUUUCCCCCACCGGGAAAUCGAGCGUGGUUUACGGCGGAUCUGAAGGAAGAAAUCUUUAAGCUCCGCUGGGAGAUGGACAAAGUUUUCAAGACACUGGAGCAACUCACACGAAAAACAAGUGAAAAGCAACCAGCUCCUCUGAAUAAGGAAGACACUGCAAAGAAGCCUGAGCUAACUCCGGACGCGCUCAAGUCCAUCAUUGAUGAAGCACUUAAGCCGACAGAGAUGAACCAAGGGGAACAGAAUCAAGCUGGUCCAAGCGCAACCGGUGAGAAGAAUGCAGAGCCGGAAGAUAAAGUAGAAAGGAUGGUAUCAGAAGUGCAGAAGGAGGUCAACAACCUGAAGUUACUAAAGAAUGAUCUGGUGGUUGUGAAGGGCUCGUUGCAGAAGAUCAAUGAACCGACUCGUACCUGCACUCCGAUCGUGUCGUCUUCAGUUCAUCCGAACGGAUAUGUGGGGACAAUGGCUGAACUACCAACUUCAUUACAUGGUAACCAUAACAUUCCGAGCCGAAACAUGCCAAGCAGAAGCCAACCGAACAAAAGCAGAUUGAGACGCGUAAUCCCUCCACACCCCAAGAGAGGACGAACGAAGAUUAAUCGCAACGUGUCGGCCGCGAAGUCGAAGGCAAAACGAAACAUUAAUUUCGGGGUCGAACUGAUGACAGACAUGCAGCUCCUUCGUCUUCACUACACGUACCUGAAGGUCCUAUGCAAGAUGCAUGACAUCAGGUACAAGGACAAGCCGCAAGCGAUCUCGGCAUUGAGGCAAGUUCCUGGAUUGAUCGCCUACAAGGGGCGGGACUUCAACCGGAAUUCUGAUCUUGUAACACAGAUCAUGUCAGAUCCAGAUAAUAUCAGAGUGUCCAAUACAACUGGCGGCGACACAAGUGAGGAUGAUUACGAGAGCCUUAGUACAAGAUCAAGCGGGAGUAAUGAGUAUGAUUCAUCCGACACAUCUUCUAGCGCCGAAGAUCUGUCGGGAAGGUAGAAGACACCUCAGCAUCAUGCGACCUAAGCACGACACAAAAGUGGGAGCAGAUACACAGGCUAUCAACGAAAAUUGAGCAACUAGUUAGUACCGAGAGUUUCACCUUGGUGUAGACAUAUGUACGUGGGAAGGACAGAAAGACAGCCCGACAAGAGAUGGACUGAACACAUAAACUUGGCCAAGAAUCCAAAUAGAGGAGCACAGCGGAAACUAUAUACUUGGCUGCACAAAUUUGGUUGGGAAAAAUAUGUUUUGAUACUCAUUUGGACGGGAGUGAGAUCAAAGGUGAUAGGGAUGGAAGCAACACUGAUUAGGAGACUGAAUCCAUUCUUGAAUACAAGGGGAAAAGGCAGAAAGACUCGGAAAAACCGAAGACGAAAAAGGAGAAAGAGGAAGAAUAAUGAAAAUAAUGAGGUGAAUCAGAAUAUACCUGUUUUGUUUAAAUCGGUUCGAUCGGGUUACACUACGAAGUUAACAUCAAUACUUCAACCGAAAGCAAUGAUUAACUGCACAACUGGAAAACUAUGAAAUGAAAAAUGAAAAGUAAUUAAACGA